CUGUCUCUGCAAAAGCAAUCUCCCGAAGAGUCUCCCAGAGCGAGAACGAUCUGUUCUCUAUUAGAAAUUGCACAACGCUUCUUCUCCCAAUCACCACUCGAAAGCCGCCAAAUCGGUUCUGUCUGUCCGUCCGUCUUGCUCCAAACAAUCCAUUGUUUUGAUUCAGAGGUUUUUAAUAGAUUUGAUCUUAUUGAUUUGGUCGGAGCGGAUCUUUUAGUUCAACCGACCAUGUUUACGCGGCUUUUCGGCAAGCCCAAGCAAGAGGCAGAUGCUCUCUCAACAUUGGACAAGUUAAACGAGACGCUUGAAAUGCUGGAGAAAAAAGAGAAAGUCCUUCUGAAGAAGGCUGCUGCAGAGGUUGAAAAGGCUAAGGAAUUUACCCGAGCAAAAAACAAAAGAGCGGCAAUACAAUGCUUAAAGAGGAAGAGACUUUAUGAACAGCAAAUUGAACAGCUUGGAAACUUCCAAUUACGCAUCCAUGACCAGAUGAUAAUGCUGGAAGGUGCAAAAGCUACCACAGAGACUGUUGAUGCUUUGAGAACCGGAGCUUCUGCAAUGAAGGCCAUGCAGAAGGCGACGAAUAUUGAUGAUGUGGACAAAACAAUGGAUGAGAUUAAUGAGCAGACUGAGAACAUGAAACAGAUCCAGGAGGCUCUUUCAGCACCCAUUGGUGCAGCAGCUGACUUUGAUGAGGAUGAAUUGGAAGCAGAGCUUGAAGAGCUAGAAGGAGCCGAGCUGGAGGAACAGCUUCUCCAGCCUGCCACGACUGCUCCAGUCCAUGUUCCAGCAGGCAGGGUACCCAUUCGUCCAACUGCUCACAAGAACGUAGCUGAGGAGGAUGAGCUUGCUGCAUUACAGGCAGAAAUGGCACUUUGAAAGUGCAGUUCUCCAUGAAAGGAAGAAGACACUUGUGUAAAGGCUGGAUUAAUGUAUGAUCAUAGUUGUUUGCUGGGAUGCCUCUACCUUGCAUGUCCUGGUUUAAUCUUCUUUGUGUGCAUGCACCAAAGGUACACAAUGUAUAGGUAAUAUUCAGUAAAUUGGUUUCAUCUUAACUGGAUAACUGGAUUCUACCUCUGGUUUUUGUUGUUUUUUUGCCUUCCUCCAAUAUCUACAUCCUUCCGAAGUGUAAAAGAAUUCUCUAUACACUAGAAAUUCCUUAAUAAACCUGGAAGUUCAAGGUGUCGUUCAAUUGUGAAACCAU